AUGCUCGACAACGAUGGGCAGCUGGUGCUAAUCAAGGACCAGGCCCACGUGACGAUCAAGGUGCCCAGGUUUGAGGACGGGGGAAACAUCAUUCUGAAGCACGUGGCCAUGCCCAGGGUCACCAAGGGGCAGCGCUGGGAGCAGGUGAUGAACGAGGUGCGCAUGGGCCCUGUGCUGGCCAGCGCGCACCGGCUCAUCGGCGCCCUGGACUGGACGCCCACGGCGAGGGGCCUGAGCCUGGCCUUCCUGCGCCCCGGGAGCGACACCCUCGCCGACACGUUUGCCAAGCUGAACGCCAGCUGCGUAGAGGCGGGGCUGGGCCCCGAGGCGGUGAUGGCUGCGCGCGUGGAGCGGCUGGGGCCGAUCCUUCUGGAGAUGAUGCUGGCCCUGAACGACCUGCACACACUGGGCUACCUGCACCGCGACGGCAAGGCCUCCAACUGGGUGAUGGACAGCAGAGACGCGUCGCGCCCGCUGCUCAUCGACUUUGGCCUCGCGCAGCGCAUCGCCGACGGUAUGGGCUGCGCCGAGGGUUUCACCAGCUCCCACGCGCCGCCAGAGUAUCUCCUGGCGAUGGAGCGGCACGGGCAGUGGUCGUGGCGGCGGCAGCGGCGCGGCGCGCCCGCUGGGGAGCCGCUGCCGUGUGGCGGCGUCCUGGAGCUGCUGCGGGUGACGCUGGGGACCGCGACCGACAUCUACCUGCUUGGGGCGACACUCUGGGAGGUGCUGUUCCCCGGUUACAUGCCCUACAUCGGCGCUCUGUCUGCGUACUGCACGGAGCGGGCUAUUGUGGACGCCAUCAUUGACACACGUUGA